UUUUUAAGCCUUAAACAUGGUAACAAGACUGUUACACUGCUAUGGUACAAAACAAGACAAAAGAACACAAGAAAGCCUCUUGGUGAGGUUGUGCCCUCCCCACACGUCCCGGCCGGGGCGGGACUUCCCGCCUCCUUUCUUCGGUUCUCAGUAUGGUCCGCCAGCAGACGUAUGAAGGCCUGCGUCGGCCGCGUUGGUGACGAGACGCUGCAAUCUCUCGUGUGUCACUAUGUAUGGACGCGGGAAGGGCGAGAAGGGCCUGGGCAAAGAUGGCGCCAAGCGCCACCGCAAGGUGCUGCGGGACAACAUCCAGGGCAUCACCAAGCCCUCCAUCCGCCGCCUUGUCCGGUGCGGCGGGGUCAAGCGCAUCUCCGGCCUCAUCUACGAGGAGACCCGCGGAGUGCUGAAGGAGAACGUGAUCCGGGACGCCGUCACCUACACCGAGCACGCCAAGCGCAAGACAGUCACGGCCGUGGACGUGGUCUAGGCGCUCAAGCGCCAGGGCCGUACCCUCUACAGCUUCGGGGGCUGAGUGUGCGGUUUUUGCUUUAUCAACAAAAGGUCCUUUUCAGAGCCCCUGAGAUCUUUUCUGAGCAGCUGUGAGGCUGGUGGGUGGCACCCACACGGCGCGUGGAAAUACUGGGGUUCACGGCAUGCACCCGUUAUUUGCCGAGCUACUUAGUGGUCUGCUGAGGGGCCGUUUUGUGCUAGCGUCGCCGCGCAUGCCUUCCUUACCACAGUGUUCGAUUAGAUUCGCUACUACCUGUAUUAUUGAGUCAAGAAUCUUUUACGUAGUGGGUCAAUAUGAGCUAAGUAAUUUGCUCAAGGUACGUAAGCUGUGGGGGGAAAACUUUCGAAGUUGCACUCUAACUUGGGUAUGACAUCUUAUGAACAUAAUGAAGGUGUCAAUACCGUGCCACAGGGAAGAUAAUUAAAUCGGGCAUGUCUGGCAAUGUUAAAUUUAUUUUCAGUGUCUUCAGUCUUACAUCUUGGGACCUUGUCAUUAGGAAGAAAUGAUCAUUUUUUAUAAGGCAAUGAUAAUUAACAUCUCUUCCCCUCUACAAGUAAUAGCUGUAUCUUGUCAAGUCAGAAGGCCACAUGCUCUGUAGGUCUAGAAGAGCAGUUAAGCUCUUCAUAGUUUUGAGCAUUUACCACAAAGGGUAGAGAGGACCUUUAAAUUGCAUUAAUAGAAUCAAGUGAGUUAAAGGUGUUUUUUACUUUUUAAGGAUGAGUCUUAAUCUGCACUCAGGUGUUAAUUUAUGACAUUGGUGAAAAGAUGAACCCAUCGUUAGUGAUAAAACCUGGGAAGAGACAGGUAUAGAUAGUAAUUGAUUCAGAUACAGCAAAAGCACAGAAUUACUGGUCCAUGUAUGAAGUGCAUGUGUUUUAUUUAGAAUGAGUUUGUCACUGAUGUAAGCAUGUUACAUGAUAAAUGUUCCUAUUUUUAACUCAUGAAUAAUUGUCAGAUUUUGACACCGAGGUUGUUGUUUACGAAGCCGAAGAAUGAGCUUCACAAAUACUCAAGGUAGGAGAGCAAGGUACAGGCUUUUGUUUAGAAAUAAAGUGAGAGAAUAGAGCUCCUGGCUCCUGCCAGGAGGGGUCAAGAGAGCCCGUAGUGGUGCGUUGUCUAGGGGUUUUAUAGGCAGUUGAGGAUUUUUCGAGAACAUGGAAAAAACUUAGGGGUGUGGACUUGUUAAGUGGUCCCUGAAUAUUUAGAAUUAACUUAACACAAGUAACUUCCUCUGUUGAUUUCUCUCUGAGAUACCAGCAUCUUGGUCUGGGAGCAUAUGAAAUAAGGCCACCUGCUCAGCCCCCAAGGUGGGCUGACGUAUUGUUUGCUAAAGAGUAAAUUAAGAAUUUCUAACAUCAAAUGCAAUCUUUUCUAUAAGGUGAAAUCUUUACUGUGUUGUUUAUGCCUGGGCUUACUUGCUAAAUUAGUUGGCCACUUUGCAAAAUCACUUCAUCAGAUCUGGAGGAAAGACAGAACAAUAGGCCUGGCCCUUUUGUUACGCUAAAGUGAAUCUUACACAUGGUUAUAAAUGGUUAGCAUAAUAAAAUAUUACUACUCUUCUUUAUCUGGGGGACAUUAACUGAUCUCACUGAAGAAUGGUCCUAGAGCUUAUGUUUAGUAGGCGGGUUUCCUUGCAUGUAGUUACAUUGCUCCGACUGCAAAUAUCCCGCCCUGCCCCCUACGGAGGCCCUCACUCUACUCUGACUACGUCUACGGUCCCUGUCUCAAUUUGGCACCGCUAAGCGGAACCACAUAUACUUUAGACAUAAAAAAUAAUUUGUUUAUGAUGUGAAGAAUAAAAGAUACUUUAAAAGUUAA